UCAGGUACCGCCUAUGUGGUAAACUGACGGUUAUUUAUUUUGCUGCUUAUUUUCGUCUAACCAUUUGGAUAAAUAGCGAUGUUUUUGACUAUGUUACCGUUUCCCUACGAAUAAUGAAGGACUAACAUAUUGGAUAAGCCGGGGAUACUAUUUGGUGGACAUUGUAAGUUUGCACAGUCUUUUGGAAGAAUGGAUACUCUUAUUCCCACCAUCAACCGGCUGCAGGAGGUGUUUCUCACCGUGGGGGCGGAUGUCAUACAGCUGCCUCAGAUUGUCGUGGUUGGAAGUCAGAGCAGUGGAAAGAGCUCUGUUUUGGAGAGCCUGGUUGGACGGGAUUUCCUGCCUCGGGGAUCAGGAAUAGUCACAAGACGACCCCUCGUGUUGCAGCUUGUUAAUGUGGCGCCUCUGCAGGAGAGACUGAAGACAGAGAAUGGAAAUGGGAUAAAACAAAAUGCCCAAAUCAGCUAUCCAGGUGUCAAAGCUGAAGAAUGGGGUACUUUCCUGCACUGCAAGGGCCAGACCUUUACAGAUUUUCAGGAAAUUCGUCAGGAAAUUGUCACUGAGACCGAACGCACUUCAGGGGAGAACAAGGGAAUCAGCCCUGAGCCCAUAUACCUGAAGAUAUUCUCCCCCAAAGUCCUCAAUCUCACCCUGGUUGAUUUACCUGGAAUAACUAAGGUUCCUGUUGGAGAACAGCCAGAGGAUAUUGAGGCACAAGUACAAGAGAUGAUCAUGUCCUUCAUCUCCAAUCCAAACUGCCUCAUCCUCGCAGUGUCCCCCGCCAACUCUGACUUGGCCACCUCUGACGCUCUGAAAUUGGCGCGUGAGGUUGAUCCAGAUGGUCGCCGAACGCUGCUGGUGGUCAGUAAGCUGGACUUAAUGGAUGCAGGGACGGACGCUCUGGAGGUCCUUCUUGGUCGAGUCAUUCCAGUCAGACUCGGGAUUAUCGGGGUGGUUAACAGGAGCCAGCAUGACAUCAACACCCAUAAGAGCCUGGAGGACUGUCUGAGGGACGAGCAGGCCUUCCUGCAGCGCCACUACCCCUCCAUCGCCUCCCGGGCCAGCUCGCGCUACCUGGCCAAGACCCUCAGCAGGCUGCUCAUGCACCACAUCCGAGACUGCCUGCCAGACCUGAAAACCAGAGUGACCGUGCUCAGCUCCCAGUACCAGGCCCGGCUCAACAGCUACGGCCAGCCAGUAGAAGACCAGAGCGCCACUCUGCUUCAGAUCGUCACCAAAUUCGCCAGCGAUUACUGCCACACCAUCGAGGGGACGGCCCGAUACAUCCAGACCUCAGAGCUCUGCGGGGGUGCUCGGAUCUGUUACAUAUUCCAUGAGACCUUUGGGCGCACUUUACAGUCCAUCGACCCCCUGGGAGGACUGUCUGAGCUUGAUAUCCUCACUGCCAUCCGCAACGCUACGGGUCCGCGGCCAGCUCUCUUUGUGCCCGAGGUGUCUUUUGAGUUAUUGGCGAAGCGGCAAAUUAAGCGUCUGGAGGAGCCCAGUAUGCGUUGUGUGGAGCUGGUUCAUGAAGAGCUGCAGAGGAUCAUCCAGCACUGCUCCUCCUAUAGCACACAGGAGCUUCUGCGAUUCCCCAAACUGCACGAUUCCAUUGUGGAAGUAGUGACUGGAUUACUGAGGAAGCGCCUGCCGAUUACUAAUGAAAUGGUACACAAUUUAGUAUCCAUAGAGCUCGCCUACAUCAACACAAAACAUCCCGACUUCACGGACGCAGCGCAGGUCUCUGCAUCUGUCAACAGUCAACAGGCGGAGGCCAUUGAUGGAGGGAAGCGCUGGAAGAACGAGAAGGUGGCGGAAGAGAAAAUCCCCGCUGCUGGUUUUGGCAGCUCCAUGAAAGGCCAGGCCAUUAACCUCCUCGACACGGCGGUGCCCGCAUCCCGCAAGCUGAGCUCGAAGGAACAGAGGGACUGCGAGGUUAUCUCUCGCCUCAUCCAUUCCUACUUCCUCAUCGUACGCAAAAGCAUCCAGGACAGUGUGCCCAAGACAGUGAUGCACUUCCUGGUGAACUUUGUGAAAGAGCAUCUGCAGAGUGAGCUGGUGGGUCAGCUCUACAAACAGCCGCUGCUGCAGGACCUGCUCAUUGAGUCUCAGGACACGGCCCAGCAGCGGACCGAGGUCGCUCAGAUGCUCGAGGCCCUCAAAAAAGCCAAUAACAUCAUCUGUGAGAUCCGGGAGACCCAUCUGUUUUAACGAGAGGAAACGAACACUUCCCUUGUCACAGGACAGCUUUGAGAGUAUGAGAGUGUAUGUGAGUUUACAGCACUGAGAGUGUGUGUCAGAGUGUGCGUGUUUGUCAAUGUGUGGCAGCACUACUGUCUUCUCAUGGACAAAUGACCAUAGCACAUUUCGAUCUACUUUAUCCCAUUAGCUGUCACUCUGACCAGCGCUGUCGCUUUUCACUGUGAACUGAAGCGAGCCGAUUGAUCAAACACUCAGGCCCAAAGUGUUACUGCAAAGUUUAAAUGUCAAAGAAGCAAAAUCGUUUUUUUAAUUUUGUGACAAAAUGUGUGUUGGGUUGUAAGGUUAUUGCUGUAAGUGUACAAUGUAGAUGAUAUGUGGAGUAUUUCAAAUGUCCUCUAGGGUGUUUUUUUGGAAGGGUUAUCAAACUAUGUUAAACUUCUACAAUUUCUCACUUUCCAUAAAAACUGGGCUUCCUCUUAAAACUAUGUUUGAUUAGAUCUGUUCCAACUGUAAUCCCCUUUGUGGGAGCACUCGCCAGAGAUGGAAUUAAAAUGGAAACCCAACUCAAUCAAAGCUGACUGCAAUGCCACACUGAACCCAAACCAUGGUCAUUUGCGGAAAUUAAAGUAUGAAUGCAGAUGGUUUUUCCAGCUCUAUACUGCUGAUCAAUAUCAGGUUCUUUUUUCCUCAGCCAAAAUGACAUAUCAGCCAUACUGUUAACUGCUACUUGUUGUGUGUAGUCAUGCAUACAUUAUCCUCCUUUAUAGGUUAGUAGGAGAAGAGUUGGACAGCCCUUUAAUGUAAAGUGUGUAUAUAUAUUCCAUAGUAUUUAGAAAAUAAAUGAUCAAAAAGUAUAAGAAAAGUCAGUUACAUGGGUCUGGUACGCCAUCUUUUGUUAGAUUUUAGAUCCAGGUGGUAAUGUCCUGUAGUUUCUCAUUAUAUCCUGAAGCCAUUUGUUCUGCUGUUAAUGACACAGAGAGAUACAAAAGUUCCCAAUUAUUAUCCCCGUCCACUAGUAAGGACACUGCCCAAAUAUGAGAGACUCGAUGUACAGAAACCUCCUGCAUGCAGAUUCAUUUUCGUCCGUGCCAAUUAUAGUUUCAUUGUGUGAUAUAUAUUGCUCGACGUGUCACAUUUUUCAUCUGUUCCUUAAACUUAAUUUGUUGUUCAGGCAGAUUCUUCCCUCAAGUCCGACAGUGAUUAAUGUGAGUCUCAUCUAAAAGCCAAAACAAAUACUUUUUCAUAAAAAUUAAGUUUUUCAGGAAGACCUGCUUUAUUGGUGACAAUCAUACAAUAACUUAUAUAACCAACAUCCUGUGUGUCUCUGAAAGCCCUGUGUAGGUUUGCAUGUGUGUGAUCAGUAUGCAUGUGGGGACGUAUGAAUGGCUGCAUUCUGUAUAUUUUGUAUUAUUUAAAUGUAUAUUAUUACGUGUCAACUGCCUAUGAGUUCUUGCCUGCCAAUAUUUGUGGUAAAUGUUUACUGAAUAAGGUCUGCUGAGAUUGAAGGAACUCAUUAAACCCUGACAAAAGACA